UCCUCCGGCCUCUGGAGCGAUUUGUCAAACUUCCCAUUCCGCCGGCAGCGCGGUCCUCCUCCUCCUCCUCUGCCUCCUCCUCCCCCCCCGCGCUCCUCCCUCCCCGAGCCUCCCUCGCCCGCCCUCCUUCUUCCCUCCGCACGUUCGGGGUUCGCGGCGGAGCGCGGCGCGGGGGGGACGCGGAGAGCCUGGGCGCAGCAGCAUCCUGCGGGCGGCCGCUCUCCGGGGGGGAGGCUGAGAGCAGGCCCGCCUCGCCCCCCCGCGGGCCCGCCGCCCCUCCCUCCCUGUCCUCAGCCCGGCAGCGGCUGCGGCGGCGGCGGCGGCGGCAGUGGCAGUCGCCGGAGAAGCAUCAUGCCGAGGAGGAAGCAGCAGGCGCCCCGGCGCGCAGCAGCCUAUGUUUCCGAGGAGUUAAAGGCUGCUGCCCUGGUGGAUGAAGGUUUAGACGCAGAGGAGCAUACGGCAGAUGGAGAGCCCUCAGCCAAGUACAUGUGCCCGGAGAAGGAGCUCACCCGGGCCUGCCCCAGCUACCAGAACUCCCCGGCCGCUGAGUUUUCCUGCCACGAAAUGGACAGCGAGUCACACAUCAGUGAGACCAGUGACCGAAUGGCUGACUUUGAAAGCGGCUCCAUCAAGAACGAAGAGGAGACCAAGGAGGUCAUGGUCCCACUGGAAGACACGACCGUGUCGGAUAGCCUGGAGCAGAUGAAGGCCGUCUACAACAACUUCCUCUCCAACUCCUACUGGUCCAACCUCAACCUCAACCUGCACCAGCCCUCCUCGGAGAAGAACAACGGCAGCAGCAGCAGCAGCAGUAGCAGCAGCAGCAGCUGUGGCAGCGGGAGCUUCGACUGGCACCAGAGCGCCAUGGCUAAGACGCUGCAGCAGGUGUCACAGAGCCGCAUGCUCCCGGAGCCCAGCCUCUUCAGCACCGUGCAGCUGUACCGGCAGAGCAGCAAGCUCUACGGCUCCAUCUUCACGGGGGCCAGCAAGUUCCGCUGUAAGGACUGCAGCGCCGCCUACGACACCCUGGUGGAGUUGACGGUGCACAUGAACGAGACGGGGCAUUACCGCGACGACAACCACGAGACCGAUAACAACAACCCCAAGCGCUGGUCCAAGCCUCGCAAACGCUCCUUGCUGGAAAUGGAAGGGAAGGAAGAUGCCCAGAAGGUGCUGAAGUGCAUGUACUGUGGCCACUCCUUUGAGUCCCUGCAGGAUUUGAGUGUCCAUAUGAUCAAAACAAAACACUACCAAAAAGUGCCUCUGAAGGAACCCGUCACUCCUGUCGCCGCCAAAAUCAUCCCUGCCGCUCGGAAGAAAGCUUCCCUGGAGCUGGAGCUCCCCAGCUCCCCGGAUUCCACAGGUGGAACCCCCAAAGCCACCAUCUCAGACACCAACGAUGCACUUCAGAAGAACUCCAACCCUUACAUCACGCCAAAUAACCGGUACGGCCACCAGAACGGGGCCAGCUACGCAUGGCACUUUGAGGCCCGGAAGUCCCAGAUCCUGAAGUGCAUGGAGUGUGGGAGCUCGCACGACACCCUGCAGGAGCUCACGGCCCACAUGAUGGUCACUGGCCACUUCAUCAAGGUCACCAACUCGGCUAUGAAAAAGGGGAAGCCCAUUGUGGAGACGCCCGUCACGCCUACCAUCACAACCCUGCUGGACGAGAAGGUCCAGUCCGUGCCCCUGGCGGCCACCACCUUCACGUCCCCCUCCAACACACCUGCCAGCAUCUCCCCAAAACUGAAUGUGGAGGUCAAGAAGGAAGUCGACAAGGACAAAGCGGUCACCGACGAGAAGCCCAAGCAAAAGGACAAGCCUGGCGAAGAAGAGGAGAAGUGUGACAUCUCUUCCAAAUACCAUUACUUGACUGAAAAUGACUUAGAAGAGAGUCCCAAGGGGGGGCUCGAUAUCCUCAAGUCCCUGGAAAACACAGUGACAUCCGCAAUCAACAAGGCCCAGAACGGCACUCCUAGCUGGGGGGGCUACCCCAGCAUCCAUGCCGCCUACCAACUUCCCAACAUGAUGAAGUUGUCCCUGGGCUCGUCGGGGAAGAGCACGCCCCUGAAACCCAUGUUUGGCAACAGUGAGAUUGUCUCCCCGACGAAAAACCAGACCCUGGUCUCUCCACCCAGCAGCCAGACGUCCCCCAUGCCCAAGACAAACUUUCAUGCCAUGGAGGAGCUGGUGAAAAAGGUCACUGAGAAAGUUGCCAAAGUGGAGGAGAAGAUGAAGGAGCCGGAUGGGAAGCUUUCCCCGCCCAAGCGGGCCACUCCCUCCCCAUGUAGCAGCGAAGUCGGGGAGCCCAUCAAGAUGGAGGCGUCCAGCGACGGGGGCUUUCGAAGCCGGGAGAACAGCCCCAGCCCCCCACGGGAUGGGUGCAAGGAUGGGAGCCCCCUGGCUGAGCCAGUGGAGAACGGGAAGGAGCUGGUGAAGCCCCUGUCCAGCAGUUUGAGUGGCAGCACGGCCAUCAUCACCGACCACCCGCCCGAACAGCCUUUUGUUAACCCUUUGAGCGCCCUGCAGUCAGUCAUGAACAUUCACCUGGGCAAGGCUGCCAAGCCCUCCCUGCCUGCCCUGGACCCCAUGAGCAUGCUUUUCAAGAUGAGCAACAGCCUGGCGGAGAAGGCCGCCGUGGCCACCCCGCCGCCCCUGCAGUCCAAGAAGGCAGACCACCUCGACCGCUAUUUCUACCACGUCAACAACGACCAGCCCAUAGACUUGACAAAAGGGAAGAGUGACAAAGGCUGCUCCUUGGGUUCAGUGCUUCUGUCACCCACGUCCACAGCCCCGGCAACCUCCUCAUCCACGGUGACAACGGCAAAGACAUCUGCCGUCGUAUCAUUCAUGUCAAACUCGCCGCUACGCGAGAAUGCCUUGUCAGAUAUAUCCGAUAUGCUGAAGAACUUGACAGAGAGCCACACGUCAAAAUCCUCCACUCCUUCCAGCAUCUCCGAGAAGUCUGACAUUGAUGGGGCCACUCUGGAGGAGGCUGAGGAGUCGACGCCUGCCCAGAAGAGGAAGGGCCGCCAGUCAAACUGGAACCCCCAGCACCUCCUGAUCCUCCAGGCCCAGUUUGCCGCCAGCCUCCGGCAGACCUCGGAAGGGAAGUACAUCAUGUCAGACCUGAGCCCCCAGGAGCGGAUGCAUAUCUCCAGGUUCACCGGGCUGUCCAUGACCACCAUCAGCCACUGGCUGGCCAACGUGAAAUACCAGCUUCGAAGGACAGGUGGAACAAAGUUCCUCAAAAACUUGGACACUGGCCACCCCGUCUUCUUUUGUAACGAUUGUGCGUCUCAAAUCAGGACUCCUUCCACGUACAUCAGUCACCUAGAAUCACACUUAGGCUUCCGGCUACGGGACUUAUCCAAACUGUCCACCGAACAGAUUAACAGUCAGAUAGCACAAACCAAGUCACCGUCAGAAAAAAUGGUGACGUCCUCCCCCGAGGAGGACCUAGGGACCUCCUAUCAGUGCAAACUUUGCAAUCGGACCUUUGCCAGCAAGCACGCUGUUAAACUUCACCUUAGCAAAACACACGGGAAAUCUCCGGAAGACCACCUUCUGUAUGUCUCUGAGUUAGAGAAGCAGUAGCAUUUGCUUUUGAUAGAAAGGACUGCAGUUUGCUUUGAGGGAAACUGUGGAAGGCACCUUCAGGCCCCCUCUGACUUGUUGUUCUUGGCACAUGUUCUUAUUUUAACUGCAGAGAAUCACUCUGGGCUGGACUGUUUUGUAUAACUGUACAGUGUUUAAUAGAGGUGCAUAAUCAGCUGUUGUUACUGGUAAAAUAUGAAGGUUAAAAUGCAGUGGUAAGUGUUUGGAACUUUGUGUAAAUGGGAUUUAGUUGUGAGCAUCCUCCCGAUGCUUCAAGCUGCAUGCAUUAACAGACAGUUUAAUUAAGCAUUUAUAACGAAAUCAGGCACACUUUUUCCAUGAGACUCGAGUGUGCUGGCAUUUCUCACCCUUUCAUCUUUAGCCCUCUGAGUACUUUGAAGCACUUUUGCAUUAAUUUGGUUAAAAAAUAAAAUAAAAUAAUAAUAAUGUAUGAAGCUCUGUUUUUUAAACUCCUUACCAGCUUAGUUAUAAUGAAUAAUAUGAACCUCCAUUUAUGCAGGUCUGCAGGGGUAUAACACGCCUUGAAAUUUAAAAGAAUAUUAUUUUCACAUUGAAACAUAGAUGUAUAUAUUGUAUAGAUUUCAGACUCUCUUAUGAAAAGCCAAUGUGAUUGUGGUUAAAUGACCUUUUUCUUGCAUUUAUAGCAACAGUGUUUUAUGCACCUGCUGUGCUCUGGGCAUAAGCUGUGCCUAUGUAUAGUGUAUAUUUCUUUUUUUCUUUUUUUUUUUAAGGUCUAUGGGUUUUGUUUUUUACAUGCAAACAUUGUAAAUUAUACAGAAGAUACCACAGAUAGCAUUUAUAAAGUAUACAGAAACAUUAUCUGAAAGCAAAGUAUGAUAGUUUGUUUUGCUAUACAGUACAUCUAUAUUGAUAGAGGUUCAUGUUUAAAUUAUACAUAUUUAUUAGCAUCGUAUUAUCAUUUGUUUUGAGCAGUCUGAAUAAACGAGGCCGGGAAAAACAUCCCUGGCAGGCAUCAUAACUAUUUUGCACAUGAUUUUUAAAGGUAUUUAUUAGAAAUCAAAGAACGCUCAAAAUAAACUCAGUGCUCAAAGGGUUAAGUCUAUUUGAAAAGGUUAAAAAAAAAAAAGAACAAAAAAAAAAAGAACUUGUACUGUAUUUCCUAAACAUUGAUAAAGCCUUUAAAAUGUUUGUACUGUAAUACUUUGCUUAAAAGUCAUGAGGCAUUCUGUGAUCCAACCUCUUUCACUUAUUUAUAAGCCCUCUUGGUUGCUAUUCCAUAUUGUAGGAUGCCUUUCUAUUUCAAUUGGUAACUUUCUGUUUUGUUCUUCCUAAUUAUUCUCCCAAGAUCCCACACUGCAGCUUUAUCUUUAGGCUUAUGAAAGGUAACCCGUGGUUACCGGCUCUCCAAGUGAUUCUGUUCUUCUCCAUUUUUGGCAGUUAAUUUGCAGAAGUAACUGACAGCUGACACCAUAUGAGAACCUUUGUAUAAAAUAUUGGCAUGUAAACAGCACAGACACCGUAACACACUCUGUGCCCUGUUUGGUUGUUGACAAUGAAGCACCAUUAUGUGACUCUUCAUAUAACCCUUUUUUCUACGGCAGCAUUAAAAUUGUCUUUUUGCUAUAA